AUGUUCAUCAAUGACUCAUGGCUCCUCAGACAAGAUCCUGGUGGCCUCUCUUCAGAGAUGAGUCGAUUCAUUCAGACGAGUCGAGGAGUACGUCAAGGGUGGUGUGCAAAGCAUGCGGUGAUCUAUGCAGACGAUCAUCAUGUGUCCUUCAUCUUCAAGGAUCAGGUCUCGGCUCCGAAGUCAGCGUGCAUAUUUACAUUUCGAGGUCAGUCCAGCAUCUAUAUCCCCAUCGUCACGGAGAAGAUUUACUUGGGAGUCUCGGACCAAGAUUUGAUGACGUGCUACAAGCUUCAGGGCUUCUCCAGAUCCGUUUCGAGCAGCUGA